CGCCGUCGUCGUCGUAGUGGUCUCGUCGUCACCGUCAGUGGUCGUCGGUUCGUUGUCCCGUAACGCCGCCGCUUGCUGCCGGCUGAUCACUGUGGUCCCAACACGCGCGCCGUACGCACACACGAUCGUAACAAUAAUAAUAAUAAUAAUAAUAUUAUAUUACUAUUGUCGUCGUCGCGGUGCUAUUCUAUAAUAUAAUAUUAUAUUAUAUUAUUGUAAUAUAUUGUUAUUUUUCGCGACGAGAUAAUUAUACAUUGUUGUUAUUAUUAUAUAUUGUUGUUGUCGUUUCGAUAAUAAAAUAUCGCAACAAACUGUACAAUAUUAUUGCCGCCGUCCAUUCGCGGCACUUACUCGCUGCACGGCUUGGGAUGCGGCAUAAUUGACUGUCGCACACCAUCGUCCUAUAUAUUAUCGUUAUCAUCGCAGUAGACUUGAGACGAUAAUAUUGUCGUAUACGUUGCAACCGCCGGAAAUCGGAAACGGCUGCAAAAAAUCGUUUUGUGGAAGAAUACCGGAAGUGCGUCUAUACAAAAGCUGUUUCGGCCGAUGAAACUGGACAUGGCUCUGGGGAGUGCAGCUCCCACGAGCUUCCAACACCGCUGCGGUGUGACCACGGCUCUCAUAUUGAUCGUCUGUGUGGCACUAACAAAGUCUGCUCCGACGACUUACGAUGAAAUCGAAGCAAAACGGACAGACUUGGCGGACUAUUUUAAUGACCCAAAUGGCUGUUACUAUAAUUAUCAACAUUACGAAGAAGGUGAUCGCAUAGUGACUAACGAACCGUGUUUGAACUGUACUUGCCACAAUAGAAUGCUGAUGUGUUACUUGAGAGUGUGUCCGUUUUCAAAAGCCAUUGGACAAGACUGUACGGUACAGAAAUCACCGGAUCAAUGUUGUCCCGUAAUAUCUUGCCCGGAAGUUGGUUCGGAUGUUACAGUGCCAGUACACCUGUUGACCAGUUCGACCACGCCGACGCCGACGACAACAACUGAAAUUGGAUGGCAUGACAAUUAUGGGUGCAUGAUGGACGAAAACGAAUUCUUUCCUGAUGGCGCUCAGGUUCCGCCCAAUCCGAAAAAACCUUGUGAACUCUGUUAUUGUAUCAGAAACCGAACAGCUUGUAUUAUGCAAGAGUGUACGUUGCACGUGGAAGGUUGUCGACCGGUAUAUCAUGAAGGUGUUUGCUGCCCUGUUCGAUACGAUUGUGAUUAUGAGAGUGAAAAAUCUACUACUUCGGCCCCACAAAUUACUGGUGGAUUAGUUUUUUCCACUACUUCCGCACCAUUCGAUUGCCGAGUUAACGACGACGUUUACCGAGAUGGGGAGUCUAUUGCUAUGGUAUCGGAAAAACCUUGUGAACAUUGCUAUUGUAUGAGAGGUGAUAUUGUGUGUGCAGUUCAAGACUGCGGUGAACCACUCAGAGGAAAAGACUGCACACCGGAAACACCACCGGCUGGUCAAUGUUGUCCCACUUCGUACCAAUGUGCGAACGAAACGAACAAUUCGUAUGAUAUAACUACGCUACAACCAGUAUUGCUAAGUGAUUCGGACGAAAACGAAGCAGAAAAAUUCCCGAUAAAUGAAGAUAUAUACAAUAAACUAGGAGAAACCCAACCUACGAGCGAACAUGACGAAGGAAAUGAAGUUGAGUCUGAUCAUGCCAUGACAAUUCCUCCAAACAAUCAUAAUACAGCAGGAGAAACAAAUAUUUUACCAGAAAACGAUAGUACAAACAACUACAACGAAGCAAAUAAGGAGGGAAUUUCAAGUACCCUACCGAACUUAACAGACCAGGAAAACAUUGGUACAGAAUCUGGACAAGCUAAUUAUGACAGUACAAACAAACCUAAUGAAGCAACAUUAGUCGACGAAGUGCAACCAACGCAAUUACCGGCAUCUGAUCCUUCAACAAAUGAAAAUGCUAUUAGUUCUUCUACUCAAACGAUUCCUAAUGAAGGCGAUAACGUAAAAGUGGACGAAGAAAACAAUAGUAACGAAAUUCCAGAUAAAGAUCCAAUUAACGGCGAUCUAACGUCAAAUUCACCAGUGUCAUCGACAGACAAUAUUGUAGAAGGUAGCACACAGGCUUCUAAUUUCCAAGAUAAUCCACAAGACGAUAUUACUACUGAAAAUCAACCAAUAACUGAUAUUCCUAAAGUAGAAAAUGAACCAACUGAACAAAAUAAACCAGUAGUUGACAGCACUUCGGAAACUGAAAACCAGCCUGAAUCUAUUCAGACACCAGUAGAACAAAAUAAUCAAGAUAGUCCUCAGCCAGAAAAUGUAUCCGCAACUGAAAUUCCCAAUGUACAAAAUGAACCAAUAGUAGACGGCACUUCGGAAACUGAAAACCAACCGGAAUCUGACACGCCACAAGUUGAACAAAAUAAUCAGGAUAAUCCUCAAUCAGAAAAUGCGCCAGUAACUACAAUUCCCAAUGUACUAAAUGAACCUACUGAACAAAAUAAACCAAUAGUUGACAACGCAUCGGGAACUGGAAACCAACCUGAAUCUGACAAAACACCAGUUGAACAAAAUAACCAGGAUAGUCCUCCAUCAGAAAAUGUGUCGGUAACUGAAAUUCCCAAUGAACAAAACGAACCCACGGAACAAAAUAAACCAAUAGUUGACAACGCAUCGGGAACUGGAAACCAACCGGAAUCUGACAAAACACCAGUUGAACAAAAUAAUCAGGAUAAUCCUCAGUCAGAAAAUGUAUUGGUAACUGAAAUACCCAAUGUACAAAACGAACCUACUGAACAAAAUAAACCAAUAGUUGAUAACGCAUCGGGAACUGGAAACCAACCUGAAUCUGACAAAACACCAGUUGAACAAAAUAACCAGGAUAGUCCUCAGUCAGAAAAUGUGUCUGUAACUGAAAUACCCAAUGUACAAAACGAACCAGUAGUAGACGGCACUUCGGAAACUGAAAACCAACCGGAAUCUGACACGACACAAGUUGAACAAAGCAAUCAGGAUAAUCCUCAGUCAGAAAAUGUGCCAGUAACUACAAUUCCCAAUGUACUAAAUGAACCUACUGAACAAAAUAAACCAAUAGUGGACAACGCAUCAGGAACUGGAAACCAACCUGAAUCUGACAAAACACCAGUUGAACAAAAUAAUCAGGAUAGUCCUCAAUCAGAAAAUGUGUCAGUAACUGAGAUUCCCAAUGAACAAAACGAACCCACGGAACAAAAUAAACCAAUAGUUGACAACGCAUCAGGAACUGGAAACCAACCUGAAUCUGACAAAACACCAGUUGAACAAAAUAAUCAGGAUAAUCCUCAAUCAGAAAAUGUGCCUGUGACUGAAAUUCCUAAUUCACAAAACGAACCCACUGAACAAAGUAAUCAGGAUAGUCCUCAAUCAGAAAAUGUAGCCACAACUGAAAUUCCCAAUGUACAAAAUGAACCAAUAGUUGACAACGCAUCGGAAACUGGUAACCAACCUGAAUCUGACAAUACACCAGUGAAACAAAAUAAUCAAGAUAGUCCUCAGCCAGAAAAUGUAGCCACAACUGAAAUUCCCAAUGUACAAAAUGAACCAAUAGUUGACAACGCAUCGGAAACUGGUAACCAACCUGAAUCUGACAAUACACCGGUGAAACAAAAUAAUCAAGAUAGUCCUCAAUCAGAAAAUGUGCCAGUAACUGAAAUACCCAAUGUACAAAACGAACCUACUGAACAAAAUAAUCCAAUAGUUAGUGGAAUCUCCGUAACUGAUAAUCGACCAGAAUCUGAUAAGACACCAGCAGAACAAAGUAAUCAGGUUAGUCCUCAAUCAGAAAAUGUUUCUGUAACUGAAAUACCCAAUGUACAAAACGAACCCACGGAACAAAAUAAACCAGUAGUUGACAACGCAUCAGGAACUGGAAACCAACCUGAAUCUGACAAAACACCAGUUGAACAAAAUAAUCAGGAUAAUCCUCAAUCAGAAAAUUUGCCAGUAACUGAAAUUCCUAAUGUACAAAAUGAACCCACUGAACAAAAUAAACCAGUAGUUCACAGUAGUUUGGAAACUGGAAACCAGCCAGAAUCUGACAAUACACCAGUUGAACAAAAUAAUCAGGAUAAUCCUCAAUCAGAAAAUGUGCCAGUAACUGAAAUACCCAAUGUACAAAACGAACCUACUGAACAAAAUAAUCCAAUAGUUAGUGGAAUCUCCGUAACUGAUAAUCGACCAGAAUCUGAUAAGACACCAGCAGAACAAAGUAAUCAGGUUAGUCCUCAAUCAGAAAAUGUUUUUGUAACUGAAAUUCCCAAUGUACAAAACGAACCUACAGAACAAAAUAAACCAAUAGUUGAUAACGCAUCGGGAACUGGAAACCAACCUGAAUCUGACAAAACACCAGUUGAACAAAAUAACCAGGAUAGUCCUCAGUCAGAAAAUGUGUCUGUAACUGAAAUACCCAAUGUACAAAACGAACCAGUAGUAGACGGCACUUCGGAAACUGAAAACCAACCGGAAUCUGACACGACACAAGUUGAACAAAAUAAUCAGGAUAAUCCUCAGUCAGAAAAUGUGCCAGUAACUACAAUUCCCAAUGUACUAAAUGAACCUACUGAACAAAAUAAACCAAUAGUGGACAACGCAUCAGGAACUGGAAACCAACCUGAAUCUAACAAAACACCAGUUGAACAAAAUAAUCAGGAUAGUCCUCAAUCAGAAAAUGUGUCAGUAACUGAGAUUCCCAAUGAACAAAACGAACCCACGGAACAAAAUAAACCAAUAGUUGACAACGCAUCGGGAACUGGAAACCAACCUGAAUCUGACAAAACACCAGUUGAACAAAAUAAUCAGGAUAAUCCUCAGUCAGAAAAUGUGUCGGUAACUGAAAUACCCAAUGUACAAAACGAACCUACUGAACAAAAUAAACCAUUAGUGGACAACGCAUCAGGAACUGUAAACCAACCUGAAUCUGACAAAACACCAGUUGAACAAAAUAACCAGGAUAGUCCUCAAUCAGAAAAUGUGUCUGUAACUGAAAUUCCCAAUGUGCAAAAUGAACCCACUGAACAAAAUAAACCAGUAGUGGUGAGUACUUAUGGAACUGGAAACCAACCAGAUUCUGAUAAAACACCGGCAAUACAAAAUAAUCAAGAUAGUCCACAAUCUGAAAAUAAAGUAACUGAAAAUAAUCCUAUACAACCAGUAGUUUCAGAAAACGAUGCAUCAACAGAACAACCAAACGAAGAAAAUAAUAUAUUUGUUGUGUCACCAACUUCACCACCACUGUUCUCAGAUAACCAAGUUAAAGGUGAUGAAUCGGUUUCAAUAAUUAAUGAAAACAAUACCAGUGAUAUGACUGUAAAUUCUAAACCAUCAAAUGAUGACAAAGGUUCUUUACUUGAAAACACUGAUGCGCCCAAUAUAUUAUCAGAAAAUCACACAGAUGUAGUUACAGAAAGUCUAAAUGUGGUACCACAACCAAAUGCUGGUAAUAUUGAAAGUUCAUUAAACAUAAAGCCUAUUAAUAACAAAGAUAAUAGUGCUGAUGUGACGGAUAGUCCAGUUACUUCUCAAGAACAAUUACCUGCCAUUGCUGAACAUAACGACAACAGGUUAGGAUCAAAUAAUCCGGUGAAUUUGGAACCAGUGCUUACACCAACGACUGAAAUAAACCAUGAUGUUAACACAGAAGUAAUAAAUCAUGGUGUAUUAAUAGACGACUCUCCAUCUCAAGCAAAUCAACCAAUUGACGUGCAUUCGGGCGAAGAGGACGAAAGCGCUCCUAAUGCUGAUUCGGUAGACCAACAAAUCACUCAUCAAACUGAAACUCCUGAAGAAUUGACAAAUAAAUAUCCGUUGUCUGUUGACGAACACACAAAUGAUGUUACUACUUCUUUACCACAACAGCAAAUAGUUGAAAACAAUAUUCCUGCGGUACAUCCUCAAGUUAUUAAUCCUAGUGAAAUAACUACACAAGACGAAACAAAAACACAAAACGACGUGUCCGCAAACGGUUCACUUGAACAAUCUUCUGGAAAUGAUGUACCAACUGCAACAGUUGAAGUACAAAAUUCUGAGGACGUUUCGAAACCAACAGAAUCACCUGUAUUGCAUAGUAAUAAUGGUGAAGCACCGGAACAAAACAAUGAAUAUGAAAGCAUCACUCCUCAAGAACAAUCGCAAGACGAGAAUGUUAACGAGAUUGUGGAUCAGACGUCAGUUUACCCAGAUACUUCAUCAGAUGAAAAAAACAAUUUGGUUACAAGCACUGGAUUAUCUCUUAAUAACGUUGACAAUGUAACACCUUCAUCAGAUAAAAUAGAAACUGACUUCAAUUCACAAGUAUCCGAUGAAAAACCAAACCAAGACGUUUCAGUUGAAAGUGCAACUAUUCAAGCGAUUUCAGGAAAUAUAGAUAAUAAUGCUGACAAUGUAGUGACAACAAAUAGCUAUGCUGAUUUACCAUCUACAAAUGCACCUGGAAAUCAAAUGGUUAAAAACGAAGUAAAUUCACCUGUAAAUCCAACUAAUACUGUUGAAACGAACGUAAACAAUGAUCGACCUGAAAAUGUUGUACCACAACUAAGCUCUAAUGAAGCAUCAACUCAGUACAGCGAGGAUGAUAGCUCAACAAAUAGCCCUAUCCAAGAAUCUCCGAAUGUGAAUAUUAUCAAUGAUGUGGAGGCGAGUACCAAUACACCAAACGAACCAGAAAGCCCUAAUGACAUAAAUCAAGAUUCUAAUGCUGAAUCUGAAUUAUAUACAACUCAGUCACCAAAUGCUAUGCAAAUAUUAAACGCUUUUCCCAUUGUUGAUGGAAAACCGUCCGAAAGUCCACAAAAUGCUGACAAACCACUGGUAUCGAAAACGCCCGAUUACGUUAUAGAUAUAACAACAUCAGUUUAUAGUGAAUCAUCGAAUGCUCCGGAAUUGAAUGAACCAGUAGAUUCUGUUAGUGAAGUAGCCACAUUAAAUGAGAACAAAAAUACUGACGUUGUAACAGAAAUGUAUGAAAACGCACAACCAGGAGUACCCGGGGAAGGAAGCUGUUUGAUUGAUUUUGUGACUUAUGCACACAAAGCGGAAGUACCAAAAUCUAACCCGUGUCAUGAAAAAUGCGAGUGUUUAAACAGCAUAGUAACGUGUACUUCUGUAAACUGCCCACCUGCACCACCUCAACAUAGAAAUUGUAUACCUUUACACCCAGGAAAUGAAUCGUGGUGUUGUCCAACAUAUAUGUGUGAAGGAGGCAUAGAAGGAAUGUUAUUUGAUAGUCAUAAUCAACUUGGUUCUCCUCAGUUAAUAUCCACAGUGGUAUUAGAAGAUAAGCCUAGUGAAGUAAAUGACGAAAAACCUCAAACAGAUGAAGAAAUUUCAAGCACCAACAGCCCUCAAAUUUCUCAAGAAUACAACACUGUAACACCAUCUCAAUUUGAUUUGAGCUCAAAUAUAAAUUCUGAAGAUAGUAUCGGUGUGACUGAAGUUCCAGCACAUACUGAAACUCCUAACAGACCAAUAGAAGAUCAUGUAACUACAGAUGAUGAAUCCCAACCAAUUGAAAAUGAUCAACAUACGGAAAAUAAUAAACCAACUAAAAUUGAUCAACCAUUUGAAAAUCCAAAACCAAUCGAAAACACUGAAGCUGAUUCUACAACAACUUCUUACGUAACUGAUGAUCAAUCAAUAACAAAUAAACCAGAAACGCUAAAUAAUAACGAAGAACAAAAUGUAUUAUACAACACGGUCAACGAAUCUCAAGAUUAUCUAGCUCCAUCAACUCAAGUGCCAGAAAGCUAUGAACCUGCAGUAACAAGUGUACUUCCCACUAGUGAUCAAAACCGACCAGAACAAAACUCCGAACCAGACGUCUCAAUAUCCAUCACUACAUACAAGCCCAACGACGAUUCUAUUGUAAAUCAACAACAAGUUGAUAGUGAUAACAAAGCAAGCGAAGAGACCAAUAAUCCACCCGUCAAUGAAGAUUCCAACACAAAUCCCAUUGAUAUAGUAACGGAUUUACCUGCGAGUGAAAUUAAUCCAUUAGAAGUAGGAACUCAAACGCCCACGGUUAUAGCCGACGAAAAACCUAUGGUUUCCGGAAAUAAUGUCGAUGGCUUGAGACCAUCAAGUAUCGACGACAUUAUUUCAUCAAUAUACUUGGUCAAGGACUCAGUUAAGAACUCAUUAGAAACUUCAUCAAAACCUACUGAAACCUCAAAUGAAGAAAUUGGAUUAUUCGAAAACGAUUAUCAAACAACCCCGCCCGAAGAUUUUCCAUCAGAACAAUACAACAAUAACGAAUCUCAGACCACAGUGAGCAGUAUAAACAGUACUCCAGAAUCACAAAAAACAGAUGUGAUAAAUGAAAUCUCAUCAGAAAGUCCUUCGGCCACGACGGAAGCAAACAUUUCCCAACCGUCCGAAAACGCCGCUGACGGAUUGGCGGGAGUAACCCAAAUUCCAAAUAUUUCACCACAAUUUGAAGUAAAUUCCGUAGAACAAGGAGUAUCUACCGAUUUACCAUCAAACAGUCCUGAAGUUGAAGCGACAGUCGACGAUAGUAAAAGUCCAGUGGAAUCUCCAACAACGCAAAGCAUGCCUAAUUCCGGUGAACAGGACUUAGCGAACAACAAUGGACCAGAAACCCCUAGCAAUCCGAUCCUGACUCAAGUGCAGAACGCCGGCGAACCAAACGCCGAAUCACCAGCAUCAGAAGUAACUGUAGUAGUCGACGACAACAAAACGCCUGAGAUCAGCGCACCGUUAUCCGAACAACAUGAGGUGCCUGUAGAUGAUACAGCGGUAGUAGUCAAUCCGGCCGCGGAAGAGAAACCAGAUAACGUGAAUAGCCCAAUCAUAACGAAUUCGGAUGUACCAGCGGAAGUAGUCACACAAACGGUGGUAACUGGCCGACCAGUGGUCAGUACUCCAGACGACAGUGACAAGAGGUUUGGUGAACAGAACAGUUCGUCGUUCCGUCCGCCUUUCCAAGGAGGAGACGACAACAACCACGAAAAUGAACAUCCCCGACCGGAAACCGCUGAUGCUGUGCACAUACCACUUGACACAGAGACGCCUGCGUUCAACCCUUCUACAAACGCUCCACUCGCCACUUACUCCCACAAACCUUCGUACACACCAAUCCCACAAUCGACGUGGACACAAAAACCAUUCCACCAAGACUCCACCUCUGAAGCGCCUUUACAACCAGAUCAAGGUUUCCCAGACGAGUACGACGAUGAAAAUGAAGCAGUUUACGGGCCAGGCACAUGCAGAUACGGUGGAAAAGUAUAUGUUUCUGCUCAGCAAGUGCCCAGAGAUGACCCAUGCGAUUUCUGUUUCUGUUUCCGAGGCGAUAUAAUUUGUCUACAACAGAGCUGCCCACCGCCCAUAUUCGGGUGCUACCAGGAGAACAUACAAGGUUUCUGUUGUCCGCGUUACGAGUGUCCGGUGGCCCAGGCCACGUCUGUCAACGUUACCACGACCACCACUUCAACCACAACCAUGGUACCACCACAUUUUUUCGCCAACGCCUACCGAGGCGCGGCCAGACGUACCGGAUGUCUUAUCCACGGACACGCUUACCGCGUGGGCGAAGACGUAGGAAUUGCUUCUGGUCCUUGUCUCGAGUGCAUAUGCGGUGCCGACGGCAAAAUGAAAUGCGAUCCUAAGCCUUGCAGUCCAGAGCCUUUGCUCAGAAAAAUGAUGGCCGAAGCAGUCGAACAAAAGAGAAGGUGAAUAAUAAGAAAAAAAACGUUCAACGACUAAGUGCCAAAUACCACAGUUAACGACAACACGAGCAACGAGAACCAAAAGUAGACGACCGUCAAUUUUUUUUUAUAUUUUACCUUUUUUACUUUUUUUCUCAUUAUCAACCACACCGCACGAAAUGUCCACUUUCGCGGCAUUGCGUUGCUCAAUACAUAAAUACCAUCACUAUUACGACGAAAAAACAAAAGACAAACAUGGUAUGCCAUCGUGAAAACAUUGGAGACUGGUUCUAAUGAGUAUUUUAUAUUUAUUACUUUUAGUUUAUUAAAAAAAAUAGGUUAGUUAUUUAUUGUAGUAAGACACUUUUAGAAAGAACGUUGAUUGUUUACAUCAAUUUUUUUCCAAGCGAUUUUAUACAACUGAAUGAAAUUAAAUUUAACUAUACGAUUAGAAAUUUAGAAAACAUAAUUAAGUAUAAUAUGUAAUAUAAAUAGUAUAGUUGUAGGCUUAAUGCCAUAACAGUAAGCAAUACACGCCACAUUGCUACAAAAAAAUUACGAUUUUAUAAAACUUUUAUACUCUUUUUUGUAUUGAAAAAUCUAACCGUCCAAAUACAAUUAAUUCCGAAUUUUUUCUAAAAGUAAUUGUAUAUCGUAUAUACGCAUCACAUCGCUGCCAUUCACUUGUAAUUUUUUAAGAAUUAGGUACGAAAUUAUCCACCCAAUUAUAUUAUAUUUCGUUUUAACCAAGCCCGAUCCAGUGCUCAUGGUUUCCAAGAUGAAAUGCAAAAAAAAAUGUUUUAUUAUUAUUAUUAUUAUAACGUCAGAUUUUUAUCUGAGUAGUUUAACAGGCAGAAGUCAAUUUAUCUACUUAGCUAUAUUGUGUACAUGCAUUGCAAAACUAUUAGAAAAAUCGAUAAAUAAUUUUGAAAAACUUUAAGUCCAAGAACGCGUGUUUGUGUACUGAAUACGAAGGAAUUUUAUUUUCGAAACGUCUUCUGCCUCUCGAACACACAGAUAAACAUGCUGCACGGAUAACAUGUAAAUAUUAUAUAUUGUUCAUAAGUUUAGAUAUACAUUAUUACUUAUAAGAUAAGUUUAUGAUUAACAAUUAAUAUUAUAAUUAGGCCAAAAAAAUUGUCUACUUAAUAUAAACGAAUGCAUUUCAAAUAAUGUUUUGCCAAUAAACUAUAAGUACCUAUGUAUUAUGACGUGAACAAAUAUAUGUUUAGAUCAUAUUAUGGAAUUUUUUUUUUAAAUUAUUAUUAACUACUGUUUAAAUUUAAUAUUGUACUUUUAUACAUAGCAUAUUUGUGUGUUUUAUUGUGAAUAAUUUUUUUACUGACGUUUUUGUGAUACAAGUUAAUAAUAUUAAUAUUACCUACAAAAUGUAUUAUUUUCUUUUUUACAAAAAUAUAUUUUUAAUGCCUUGUACUUUGUUUAAAUAAUACUGUACAACUGAACGUUGCAUCUGAUAUUUCUGUGAAAAUCUUAAUAUAAUUUUUACUUACAAACAUCA